CAGGCCUCAGCUCCUUGGGGGGGUCCAUCAGGGGGCUGCCCCCGCCGCUCCGGGCAUAGUGGGCGAGUGGUCUCGCCUGAACGGUCGGGAGUGCGGUGCGAGUUGGGGCCUGCCCAUUUCCUGGCUUGUCUGUGGGGGUUCGUGGUAGCGUUCUUGCCCCUGGGGAGUUGUGGGCGCACAGAGAGAGCGAGCAGGGCCUGAGCGUGAAAUAAGGUAUGUCAGAAAACAACAGUGAAUCCACAGUACUUGAUGAAUCUCAUCCAGCUGCAGAAGAGGUCCAGUCUGACUCUGAGGAAGGUGCAAUGGCUCAAGAAUCUCCCAAAAAUUCUGCAGCAGAAAUCCCUGUGACUAGCAAUGGACAGCUGGAAGAUUCUCAUGAGCACAGCUUUAACAGGGACUUGAAAUGUUCAUUACCAGUUGGACUGGGGCUUUCUGAAACCAAAAUAACGUCUCAUGGCUUUGACAGCACCAAAGAGGGAGUUGUUGAGGCAGGACCAUUUCCAGGUAAAGGUUCCUCAGCAUCACCCAAAUCAUCUGUUAUAUCUCCUAGCAGUGCAGCAGCUAGCAGACUGGCUGGACAAGGUUGUGAUUUAAUUAUUCCCACAGGGGGCAGAGUGCAGCAGAAGAGUGGACCUGUAGUGUUAGCUGAUGAAGUGAAAAACCCAGCAAUGGAGAAACUAGAAUUGGUGAGAAAAUGGAGCCUAAACACCUACAAGUGUACACGUCAGAUCAUCUCUGAAAAAUUGGGUCGUGGCUCAAGAACAGUAGAUCUGGAUCUAGAAGCUCAAAUAGAUAUAUUGAGAGAUAACAAAAAAAAAUAUGAAAAUAUCUUGAAACUGGCACAGACACUGUCCACACAACUCUUCCAGAUGGUACAUACUCAAAGGCAACUUGGAGAUGCAUUUGCUGACCUGAGUUUGAAAUCAUUGGAACUUCAUGAGGAAUUUGGCUACAAUGCAGAAACACAGAAACUUCUAGCUAAAAAUGGAGAAAUUCUUCUUGGGGCUAUUAACUUUUUUAUUGCCAGCGUGACUACAUUGGUGAAUAAAACAAUUGAAGACACGUUAUUGACUGUGAAACAGUACGAAACUGCCAGAAUUGAAUAUGAUGCCUAUCGAACAGACCUAGAAGAGCUGAAUCUUGGCCCUCGUGAUGCAAACACUCUGCCAAAGAUUGAGCAAUCACAACAACUGUUUCAAAUGCAUAAAGAGAAAUACGACAAAAUGCGUAAUGAUGUUUCUAUCAAAUUGAAAUUUUUGGAAGAAAACAAGGUUAAGGUAUUGCACAAUCAGCUUGUUCUGUUCCACAACGCCAUUGCAGCAUACUUCUCCGGGAAUCAAAAGCAGCUUGAACAGACUCUUAAAGAGUUCCACAUCAAAUUGAAAACUCCUGGAGCAGAUGCCCCAUCCUGGCUUGAAGAACAGUAAUCAGAUAAGAAGACCCAAUUUUAAUCUGAAAUCUUUCAAUCUGAUGAUAAUUCAAGGUUGGGGUUGAAGGACUGUUGUAGUGAUUCUUGCACAGAAAGCUUUAACUAAUUUCCCCCCCCCCCCCCAAUUUUAUAAUAUUGUAAAGCUGAAUUUGGUGGGAAAAUGGGUGACUUUAAGGUAACCAAACAAUUUCUGUCAUUUCAAAUACAAAGCACUCCUUUUGUAUGUAAAAGUUGGUGAUUAUUUCUGUAACCAGGGUGGGGAUGGUGGGGAGGGAGGGGAAACAAAACUUAAACAUUUGCACUGACAAAUGAUAAUUAUGAUUUCUGGUCAUUUUGGUGGCUAGUCAAAAUACUUGCAAACGAAGGUUUGCGUGAUUUGUACCAACAUCUGACAUUUUAUAGGUGAAUAUAAAAACAUCUUUAGGAAUUUUCAUAUUACUUUUAAAAAGGAGAGAAUGAGAAGAGUAUUUUGCAGAUUAAUAUAUGGCCUAUAUGCAAUAUCUGCAUGUAAGGCAACAGUAGCAGUUGGCUCAUUAACUAGUGGAAUUGCAGUAAAUGCCUUUUUAAAAGAUGUACCUUUCCAUCAUAGGUUCAAACAAAGAAAAAAAAACACUAAAGCAAGAAUCACUGUCAGUCUGAGGCUUCGAAGCACACGUUUUUCCUUUGCACCAAAUGGUUGCUCAGUGAGGCCAACCAUGCAAUGUACUAAUUGCAUUUCAAAUUUUACUUUCUCGAUGAAACAAAUACCGUACUAGCCUUAAAUCACAAGUAUGUGCCUUUUUAUAAGAUAAUAUUUUCUCCUGUGUACAUAAUCCAAAAAUCCUUUCACGUAAUGGUUUGUCAAUUUCCACCAAGGGGAAGGAGACUGUAUAAAUGAGGUUUCAUUGUACACUUAGAGCAAGUUAAAGCUUUAGUUAACCUUCAUGGACAGGUAUGAUUUUGAGAGGGGGAAACAGGCCAGUAUGGGGUUUCUUUUUAAUUGAAAAACAUAGUUAAGUAAUGGGAGUAACAUGGAGGAUAGUUUUUUAAUUUCUACAUCAAUCCUGUAGUCUUUAAAUGUAAAAUUCUGUGUCUGUUUUAUCAUAGACAUUUAAAAUUCAAUAUAUUUGCAUCCUCAUUUGCACAUGUUAUGUUGCUUUGUGUUCUCUUCAGUAAAAUUAAAUUCUUCAGAUAUAUGUUAUUUACAACAGUGUGGAUUGUAUGAUUUAUGUACUGUAUGUUUGAAUGCCUUUCAGCUGACAUUCUUAAAGUUUUCAGUGCUUAACACAACUGUAAUGUAACUCUAAAGGAAACUUUUUAAUCAUUCCUCAUUAAAUUCUUGGCCUGACAAAGCCUUCUUUGUUCUUGUUCUGUCAGAAUCUCUUGUAGUUAAUUUACGUUCCCCAGAAUGUAUAUCUUACGUGAAUUUUGUAUUCGUAUUAAAGGUGUUUGCAGUCCAA